CGAUCGCCUUCGGGCGGAGAACGGACAGAUGAAGGUCGACAUGGCCGAGAUGCGCACGCUCGUGAACGACCUUGUGGAAAAACAGCGCAGCUCGACCCCUGUCCCUCCUCCGCCCGAAGCGGAAAGCGAAGAGCUGAGGCGGCAGCUCCUUAUACAGGAGGCGCGCAGCUCCACGGUAGAGCGUGCGCGACCGCCCCUCGCCCACGAGGCGAAGGGAAGUCCGCCUGUGCCGGCACCCCGCAGGAGGGUGCAGCCCGCUGCAAAAACAUACAGCGGGAAGAAGAAAGCAACACCCGCGCGAGCUCCCGCUGCGGCUGCACCUAUACCCGCGCCUGGGGGGUGCCGGCACCCACGGCCCCUGCAAGAAAACCGGCGUCCGCUCCUGCUCCGCCCCAACCUGCGAAGGCAGGGCCCGGCAGGAGCCGAAAUAAGAAGGGGGGCGUCAACGCCGCCAAACCGGCACCGACUCCCCAGCCCCGCCCAAUGCCCCCCGCCCCGGCUAACAUGAAUGAGGCCUGGACGACGGUGGUGCGGCGAGGGCCCAAAAAGGUUGCGGCGCCUGUCGCG